AUGAGAGGGUUCCGCGGUGGGCGGGAAGAAACCGUCGUGGAGAGAGCCCGGCGCUCCCUCGAAACGGCGAUAUUCUUUUCGAGAGAGGGCAAGGCCAGGCGAUAUUUGUGUGCGAUGUCUAGCGCGGAAUAUCGUGAUCCCGACGCAAGGGGCUCUCACGCAACAGUCCCGAAUAGAACCUAUCAUUUAUUCACUCCAACACUGCUAGAGGAGAACAACGAGCCGUCACACGGUUCCACAUAUAAGGCCCGAAGGAGCCGCACAGUAACAUCACAUAAUACCAAGGGCGACUAG